CAUGCUCCACACACACCUCCCAGACGCGCACACAAGGGGGACACACGCCGGUGUCGGAGCGCAGCGCAGGCAGUGCGGAGCCGCCACCAGAGAGAGAGAGAGAGAGAGAGAGAGGCGCACACACACGUACGAGAGUAGCGGUGCCGCACGGAGGUGGCAUGGUGUUUUCUGGGAGCACUUUUUGCUGAUCCCUCCUGUAUCUGUGACUUUGCAUCCCAAAGCAGCUGGUGACACUCGGGCCGAGGCUGCCGUGGACUUCAGCGCGCCGCUGCCGAGUCCAACCUUUUCCAGGAGAAUUCGACCCCUUUCUUGCGCGCAAAAUACGCGGAGGGGGACGCAGAGAGGGAGAGAUACGAGGGGGGGAACCGGGAGCCUCUCAGUCGGAACCUGACGCACCCUGGAGCCGCUGUCCAGACCCCUCCCGGAGCGCAGAUAGCGCCCGAAGCCUCCCAGCUGCGGAGCGCAACGCAGUAGUGUCGAUCAAGGAGUUUUGCUUCUUCUACUACUCGUUUUUUGGAUGAGGCACCGCAAAUGAACAGACUUCAAGAAAAGGCUGCAGGGCUGCGCGAAUCACACAAUCUCCCAAUUUCUCCACUGACAUGUAGUUGGCAUAGUUUUCCUCCACCAAUGGUUUAACAAACGCCGCGGGAUUAUCACUGAACUGGUCCAGGUUUUGACUGCUGCCAGCGGUUUUCUGGUCUGAAGGCGGCGAGGAUUUUUCUUUUCUUUUUUUUUUUUUUUCUUUUUUUUUUCCUUUUUUAUUUUUUGGUUUUGUUUGGAGGAGCAGCAAGAAAAUAUAGAUAUAUAUACUUACGAGGUGGAAAAACAAAAAAAACAUCAGAAACUUCAAGCUCUCCUCGAGUUUCUGAGUCAUCCAAGAUGGAUUUUGUGUCACCGCUGAUUGGAUUUUUAAUGGCAAUGUGUCAUCUGGCGUCGAGAGUCAGGGGAGAGGACGCGGCAGAAUGCGGAGGCGUCUUGGAUGCCAGCGAGGCCGGUUACAUCACCUCCCCCGGUUAUCCUCUGGAGUACCCGCCUCACCAGAACUGCCAUUGGAUCAUCACGGCGCCGGAGCCCUCGCAGCGCAUCGUCCUCAACUUCAACCCGCACUUUGAGAUCGAGAGGCUGGACUGCAAGUAUGACUUCAUCGAGAUCCGCGACGGGACCUCGGAAAACGCCGACGUUCUGGGGCGACACUGCAGCAACAUCGCCCCGGCGCCCAUCAUUUCGUCGGGACCCUCCCUGCAGAUCAGAUUCGUCUCAGACUACGCCCACCAGGGGGCGGGCUUCUCUCUGCGCUACGAGAUCUUCAAAACAGGGUCGGAGUUUUGCUUCCGCAAUUUCACCAGCCCCUCCGGCAUGAUCGAGUCCCCGGGCUUCCCGGAUAAGUACCCCCACAAUCUGGAGUGCUCCUACAUGAUCAUCGCCCCGCCCCACAUGGACAUCACCCUCACCUUCCUGACCUUCGACCUAGAGAACGACCCCCUGCUGGUGGGGGAGGGCGACUGCAAGUACGACUGGCUGGACGUGUGGGACGGCCUGCCUCAAGUGGCUCCUCUGAUUGGCCGGUACUGCGGGACAAAGAUCCCCCCGGAGAUCCAGUCGUCCUCCGGCCUGCUGUCCCUCUCCUUCCACACCGACAUGGCCGUGGCCAAAGACGGCUUCUCCGCCCGAUACAACAUGACGCACAAAGAAGUCAGCGACUCGUUCCACUGUAGCAUGGCGCUCGGUAUGGAGUCGGGGAAGAUCAGCGACGAUCAGAUCAGCGCCUCCACGACGUUCUACGACAACCGCUGGUUGCCGCGGCAGGCUCGCCUCAACAACGACGACAACGCCUGGACGCCUUCAGAGGACAGCAACAAGGAGUACAUACAGGUCGACCUCCACUUCCUGAAGGUUCUGACGGGCAUCGCGACGCAGGGCGCCGUUUCCAAGGAGACGCAGAAGUCCUACUAUGUCACCACCUUCAAGCUGGAGGUCAGCACCAACGGGGAGGACUGGAUGGUCUACCGGCACGGCAAGAACCACAAGAUUUUCCACGGCAACACAGACCCAGCCGAGGUGGUUCUCAACCGGGUCCCGCAGCCAGUUCUGGCCCGGUUCGUUCGGAUCCGGCCACAGACCUGGAGGAAUGGCAUCGCCCUACGUUUUGAGCUGUACGGGUGCCAAAUUACAGAUGCCCCGUGUUCAGACCUGCAGGGCCUGCUGUCCGGCCUGCUCCCCGACGCCCAGAUCUCUGCCUCCUCCAGCAGGGACAUCGUGUGGAGCCCCGGCACCACGCGGCUGGUGGCCAGUCGCUCCGGCUGGUUCCCGGCACCCGCCCAACCUCUGGCUGGAGAGGAAUGGCUUCAGGUGGACCUGGGUGUGCCUAAGACUGUGCGGGGAGUGAUCACCCAGGGAGCGCGGGGCGGUGACGCAGGGAGCGGAGCGACAACUGAUAACCGGGCGUUUGUCAGGAAGUACAAAGUGGCACACAGCCUCAACGCGAAGGAUUGGAAUUUCAUCAUGGACAGCAAGACGAGCCUGCCCAAGAUCUUUGAGGGGAACACGCACUACGACACCCCGGAGCUGCGUCACUUCGAGGAGACCGUGGCCCAGUACAUCAGGCUCUACCCUGAGAGGUGGUCUCCAGCAGGAAUCGGGAUGAGAGUGGAGAUACUGGGCUGCGACCUCCCAGAAACCACCACGCCGGCCGACACCGUCACGCCGACUCUGCCCGACAUGGAGACCACCACAGUCCCCGUCACGACCAUAGCAGCAGCAGCCACCUCUCCUCCGGCCGACAGCGUGUGUGACUUCGACCACGGCCUGUGCGGGUGGACGCACGACCCCAACGCCCCUCUCCUGUGGUCCCUGCACAGCCACGAGCUCAACAGCUACCUGUACAUGGACGCCAGCCUGAAGACGGAGCAGCAGCAGGCCCGCCUCGUGAGCCCCGUGGUGGCGGCCGACACGGGGCCCCUCUGCCUCCUCUUCUCCUACCAGCUGUCGGGGGAGGCCCAGGGCCACCUUAAGGUCCUGCUGCGCGACACCCACAACGAGGAGACCGUCGUGUGGACGCUGAAAGAUGACCAGGGCCCCGUCUGGAAGGAGGGUCGCACCAUCCUGCCUCGCUCCCCUAAAGACUUUCAGGUUGUGAUGGAGGGUUUCUUUGUGCACGGCACCAGAGGACACAUCUGGAUCGACAACAUCCACAUGAGCUCCAGCAUCCCGCUGAAAGAGUGCACACAACCCUUCGCCGCCUUUCCUCCCGAAAAUCCAGAAACAGUUAAGAGACCCACCGAAUUUGGAGAUGGGCGACUUUUCAGUGGCAGAGACCAGCUGGGUGGAGCUUUACAAUUCAACGAGUGGAACACGGCGUCGCCAUCAUCCGAGCCCCCCGUGACGCGCGUCUCGGAGAAGGACAACUCGUGGCUCUACACCCUGGACCCCAUCCUGGUCACCAUCAUCGUCAUGAGCUCCCUGGGCGUCCUCCUCGGGGCGGUCUGCGCCGGCCUCCUCCUGUACUGCACCUGCUCCUACAGCGGCCUGUCGUCGCGCUCCUCCACCACCCUGGAGAACUACAACUUCGAACUGUACGACGGCCUCAAGCACAAGGUCAAACUGAACCAACAGCGCUGCUGCACCGAGGCGUGAGGAGAGAGGAAACACACACGCACAGAAACAAAACAAAAAAAAAAAAAACAGGAGACGGGAGAGAUACAGCCACUUUGUGAAAAACCUCUCGCUAUUUUCUUCAUUUCCUCCAGUUCACUUUAGUGUCAGUUUGCGUCCUCGCCGGGUGCGUAUCUCCGGACACACGGACGACAAGAACGCCACUUUGUAACUCUGCCGAGAACUGUUCCUGCUUGGAAGACGUGGCACGGUCCUGUGUCGGUAGUUUUGGGUUUUUUGCGGUGAAACAACCAAUGAGAGAAAGACUGGGGGUUCCCAGAUGGAUUGUUCCAUUGCGGGGACGUCAUGCCUCAAAAAAAUUACUAUAAUCUACACAUAUCAACUACAGAUUUUCUUGCGCCACCAAAAGAGAAGUGUUUAUAAAUGCAUCAUAGAUUUGUAAGAGGUCUACUUUUGAAACUGGAUCCUGUACGCUACACAUGCUGAGUCAGAACACAUCGUGUUGGAAAAGGUGGUAGGUUAGGAACGUGCUUAGAGAGCGUCUUUUUUUGAUCACAUGUGAACACAGUGGCCUAGAAAUUAGCUCCUUUGUGUGGCCUGUGGCUUUUUUUUUCUUCUUCUUCUUCUUCUUUUCGUUCCGUCGUAGACUCCCGCUACCUAUCGGCCUCCGUUAUCCUCUUAGUUCCUGACAGUCUGUGGUAUUUUUAGUCGACCGACCACGUCCAUCAAGCUUGUCUUUCCGUCACUCUCUUUUCUGUUCGACGUUUUCGUUCAGGCCUGUUGCCAGUCUGUGAUGGAAGAUAAGUAGGAAAAAAAAAAAGAUGCAGAGAAAGUGUAUGUGUGUGUAGAGGUGGGGAGGGAGGGAGGGAGGGGAGGGGUGGGCAGGGCAUUUUAACACAUUCUUUUCAAACGAAAGAGAGAGUUAUUGUUAGAUUUAGUUGUCGCUGGUUCCUGUCAAAGAGAAGGUCAUGUUUACAUUGUGGUUAAUGGUGAAAGGUCAAGGAGCUUUGGUCGGUGCAACCUAUGGAUUGCUGUUAAGGGCAGAGACUGACAAAAAAAGAAGCCCCACGGAAGAAAGAGAAACAAAGACAGAGUGAGAGAGAGAGAGAGCCCAUGACUGACAGAGCACUAAAACUCCCCUGACUCUCUUUCUCUCUCUUUCUCUCUCUCUCACCGGCGCUCUCCCUGUGCUGUUUUUUUUUUUUUUUUUUUUUAACACGAGGACACGAAAAAACAAACGCGACGGAAGAAGAAAAAGCGAGCGCUCGGCCAGAAAACGGGCUCCUCUCGAUCCACUGACUGUGUGCGCCCAGACACACGAUAAAAGCCUUAAAAAAAAAAAACAAACAAGCGAACUGUUCUCGGAAAGGAAAAAUGAAAAAGGAACGUUGAGGGGACUGCGAGACAAGAGAGGAGGUAUCGGUCUCUCUGUUUUGACACGUGGACCUCAAAAAAGCCAUGAUUUAAAGGACCUAACCCCCCCCCCAACUCUCACACACACACACACACACACACACACACACACACACACACACACACACAGAUCACACCCUCGCCUCAUCCUGCUGGCUAGUUGUUGCCUAUUUUCUGAAGUAUUUUUCUGUAUGUUGGCAAGGUGGGCAUUCUGAGGGAUGGUUCUGAACCAAUCAGAACGUCUGAACGGACUCAUGAGCCAUGAGAAGGAGAGGGUGAGCGAAAUGGUCUCCCUCCCGCGCACAUGCACACAUCACAUCACUUGUAUAUACAGACGUGUAUACAGAACACGAGCAACACGCCCUCUCCGGAUGUAAACACGUGAAAACUCUGGACACACACGGACCGAGAGGGGCGCUCGAAAAAGAUGAAGGGAACAGUGUGUGCUGCUGAGAGGCUACUACCACACACACACACACACACGUGCACUCAACAUUUCAUCCCAUCAUACCGUCGCCAUGCACACACAAAAAACACACACACACACACACAAGCCGUCCCUCUCCUCAGAGGCCCAAUUCUCUGGACCCCACUGACUCUCUUCAAAGUGCCUUGGAGCCUCGGGGAUCCAGCUUGCCUUUGGAGCCAGUAUCAGAUACAGUGAUUUGACACUGACAGUGACAGUGACAGUCACAACGCCCGCCCCUCUUCUGCCUGGGAGGACCAAACAACUUUAAAAAAAAAAAAAAAAAAAGGACAGGACCCCCCCCACCCCCCACCCCUCCCCGUUCGCACUGCUCGGACUGCUGUUGUUGUUGUUUUGAGGGGGUCUUUGUACAGAAAUGCUCUUUUUAUGAUUGUUAUUAUAAUUAUUGUUAUGAUUAUUUAAUAAAGGAUUUAUACCAUACUGGAAAAAAAUAAAA